UUGACGGCAUCUCUAAUGUAUUGAUGAGUCUAUGCAUAGAAUGUUGAGUUAGCGCACAGUCGACGCCCUAUACUAUAGACUAUAAUAUACUAUACAUUCUGUGAUUGUUUUGUUUGUUGUCAUUAAUUAUCAACAAAUCAAACCAUUUGUCGACUAAUUGCAGGUGAUUGAAAGCCGAAAGAAGAUAGGUUUGUGUAGUGACUGGUAAUCAGCGCAUAAUUAGCCGCAAAUCAUAUCAAUUGAUGAUAUUUUAACAAUCAUUUACUACCAAAUCGUUAUCUAAGAUAUGCAAACAAUCAAAUGUGUUGUUGUCGGUGACGGUGCCGUCGGUAAAACAUGUCUAUUGAUAUCAUACACAACCAACAAAUUUCCGUCUGAAUACGUGCCCACCGUGUUUGAUAAUUAUGCGGUCACUGUUAUGAUCGGUGGUGAGCCGUAUACGUUAGGACUGUUUGAUACGGCCGGUCAAGAAGAUUACGACCGCUUGAGGCCAUUAAGUUAUCCGCAAACCGAUGUAUUUUUGGUUUGUUUUUCAGUUGUCUCGCCAUCCAGUUUUGAAAAUGUCAAAGAAAAGUGGGUGCCAGAAAUCACACAUCACUGUCAAAAGACACCGUUUUUAUUAGUUGGCACUCAAAUAGAUCUUCGCGACGACGCGGCAACAGUCGAAAAGUUAUCAAAAAACAAACAAAAACCGAUUACAUCUGAAGCCGGAGAGAAAUUGGCCAAAGAAUUAAAAGCUGUUAAAUAUGUCGAGUGUUCGGCACUAACACAAAGAGGAUUGAAGAAUGUUUUCGAUGAAGCAAUUCUCGCAGCACUGGAACCACCGGAACCUAAAAGACCGCGAAAAUGUUCAAUACUUUAGACGGGUUUUAAUUGAAAUUAUAUAUAUUUAAUCUUUUUUCAUACUAUAUAUCAAUAAUAGUUUUUUAAGAAAAAAUACUAUUGAAAUAAUUAACACUAAAAACUAGGAUUAUGUUGUAUUUAUAUAUCAAUGAACUUAAAUGUAAUUCAAAAUUAAUUGCUCAUAAUUUAUAAUCAAAGGUCUAAAACGACAUCUGAAUGAGAUUUUUCGAUAUAUCAUCAAAAAAAAAUAUUUACCGGUAAUAGAAAAGUAAUUAAAAUUCUUAUUCUUUGGUAUUGUGAUUAAUAUAAAACUAAAAAUACCAUACAAUGAAAUUUUAUUAUUGUCAAUAUAAUUAAUCUCAUUAUAUUCAAUACACUGUAUAAUAUAUAGUAAUAUUUAACCCAUUAUUAAUGGUCUAAAAUGUGGGCUCGUUUUAUACAAGAUAUGAUUUGUAUUAUUGUUGUUGUGGUGCCAAUUGAUUGACGUUUUGCGUCAAACGCUGAUAUGGAUUAUGGUUUUACUGAUAAAGUUAAGGAGAUAUAUAUUAAAAACAG